AUGAGUUGGCGGGCAGCCGUCGUUGUGUCGUCGGCGCUCGCCUUCGACGAGUUCCGCUGCCGGCUCCCGAACGGCCAGCGCCUCGAGGCGCUCGGGCACGUGUCGGCGGCCGGCGGCGGCGCGCGGAACAGCUUCGGCGACGACUUCGCGGCGGCGGGCUUCGCGUGGACGCCCUGGCUCUGCGAGGCGGACAGCGACGGCGACGGCCAGAGCAACGGCUUCGAGCUGGGCGACCCCUGCUGCUGCUGGGAGGCGGAGGCGGCCUGGGCCCUGCAGCAGGCGCCCUACUUCCCUCCCGAGGGCGGCGGCCCCCAGACGGGCCACGUCUACGCGUACUCCAAGCACAAGCUCGGCGAGCUCCCGCGGAAGCACGGCGUCAGCCUGCCCGGCGACGCGAGCUCCACGUCGCCCGCGAACGACGACGAGGACGGCGCCUGCGACUGCGCCGCGGUCCACGCGGCCGCGCGGCGCGCAUUAGCGGCGUCGUCCGACGAGAAGGCGCGGCGGAGCGGCGUCGUGCCCUUCGACGUCGCGACGGUGCCCCUCGUGAAUCUGGUCGCGGGCCUCUCGCGGCGCCUCUCGCUGGCCCUGGCUCUAGUUAUCGCCGCGUUCCUGCCCGCCUUCGACGCGUUCGGCUUCGUGCGCCGCGUCGGUUUCGCGGGCACGGUCCAGCUCUUCCUCGCGUCCGCGCUCUACAUCGACGUCACGGGCUUGUUGCUCCACCUCGUCCUCGACAACUCGAACAACGAGCGCUUUUCCCUGCUCGCCGGGGGCGUGCGGUCCUUCGUGAACCACCACGCGGAUCCCCAGAAGAUCGCGGCGACGCCGGGGCUGCACUACGCGUUCACGCACCUGCCCGUGGCCGCGGCCAUCGUCUGGGCGACGCUCAUCGCCAUCUACGCCGCGGCGUCGCGCGCGAAGACCUUCGACUCGGAGCGCUACGCGCCGACGGCCGUCUUCGUCUGCUUCGCGUCGCUCAACUCGGUGGUCAUGCAGUUCGCGCACCGCUGGAGCCACACGCCCGCGUUCGCCGUGCCCACGGUCGCGCGCGUCCUCGAGCGCGCGGGCCUGCUCAUCGCGCCCGCGAAGCACGCGCGCCACCACGUGCCGCCCCACGCGUCCAACUUCUCGAUCAUGAUGGGCUGGGCCGACAAGCUCGUGAACCCGUUCCUGCGCCUCGCGCCGGGCGGCCCCUGGAGCCCCGUCUGGCUCUACGUCUUCGUCGCCUGGCUCGUGUCGCCCGUCUUCCUCACGGACCCGAAGGUCUCGCGGCGGUUUCUAGCGGCGUGGCGCGCUCUGUGCCUCCGGUGCGCGCCCGACGCGGCGCGGGGCGCGUCGCGCGUCGCCGCGGGCCUCGUCGCCGCGGGCGCGCUCCACCACUACGGCCCCCGCGACGUCUUCGCGUGGCACCCGAUCGUCGCCUCCGCGGCCAUCUUCGGCCUCAUGGCCGACGGCCCGCGCCCGCGUCCCGACCGCCUCCUCGCGUACCGCGCCGCGGGCGCCGAGAAGACCGCCGCGCGGCGGACGCACGCGGCGCGCAUGGGCGGGUCCCUCGUCGCGAUGGCCGCGGCCGUCGCGGUCGCCGCGGCGCGCCGCGGCCGCCUCGGCGUGUCGCACCCGCUCAAGCGGCCGCUGACGAACCCGCACGCCGCGCUCGGGUACGCGGCCCUGGGCCUCAUGUCGCUCCAGGCCUGCUCGGGGCUCGCGCGGGUCGGCGUCCCCACGGGCGACGUUGCGAAGAUCGGCGCGCGGCGGCGGCCCGCGGUCCUCAAGACGCACGGCGCCGCGGGCCGCGGCAUCUGGGUCGUCGCGGCGGCCGCGUGCCUCACGGGCGCCGCGCACGUGGGCUCGUCGAGCCUGAUCCUCGACCUCGGGAUCUACUCGGGCACCGCGGCGGCCUUCGCGCGCACGCGCGCCGCGCCGGACGAAGCCGCGCUCUGGGACGACGAGGCCGGCGGCGCCCUCGCCGACGUGGACCUCGCGGACCUCGACGACGUCGACGCGCUCUACGACGCGCGGCGGCGCUGCGACGCGGCGCUCGUCUGCGCGGCGCGCGCGGGGCUGCGGCCCGCGGAGCUCUGCGUCGACGCGCCGUCGGAGGCCGUCGCGAUCCUGGCGCACGCGGCCGGCGUCCGCCGCUUCGCCGCGGACACGGUCGCGGCGGCCGCGGCGCUCGCGGCGGCGCUGCCCCGGGACGCCCGGUUCCUGGCGCGCGGCGCGCGGCGCCUGCCCCGGGACAAGGGCGCCAUCGGCGCCCUCGGCGACCGCCUCGUCUUCGAGGGCUACCGGCCGGGCGCGGGCGAGCCGGCGCGCGAGCGGCCGCGGACCAAGGUCUCGGCGUCGCGGCGGAAGUUCCUCGAGAAGCGCGACGCGGCGCGCGCCGAGGCCGCGCCGCGGUCGAAGCCGCGCCGGUCGCGGACCCUCGCGUCCGCGGCCGCGCUCGCGGCCGCGCUCGGCGGCGGCGGCGACCUCGACGGCGACCUCGGCGGCGACGAGCGGUCCGCCUUCGACGUCUGGCCCCUGCUGGCGCUCGACGACCCGGCCGUGGAGGCGUGGGUCGUCGAUGGGGGUCUGGAUGAGGAGUGGGAGACGAUCAAGCUGCCGCUUUAA